CCCGCACUCCAUCGCCUCGCCGCCGUUCCCCGCAACCUGUCGACCCAAUCUCACAUCAAUCACCCGACGGCGCCUCGUCCUCUCCAGAUCGGGAUCUUACGCCCGCCCGCCCGCCCGAGCUGGUAGCAGCAACUCUUCUGCUGCAGUCCGCCAAAAGGAAAUGAUGGUCUACAAAAUCCACUCCCAUGCCCACAUCCUAGACCUGCAGGCCAGCGCCGAUCAGCUGGGCCACUCCAAUAAGUCCAUGCUUGUGAAUCUUGUCUCUCUGGAGUCGGUGCGCAUAGCGUGCGAGUCGUAUGCACUCCUCCGCCAGCUGAUCAACGAGUCGUGGAUCUGGGCAUGCUCGGAGCUGAAAAUCCUCUUGGUUGUGGCAGGCUUGUCGCUGGAAAUCCAAAAGCUUGAGCAUGAUGUGUUACCCCAGCUCAUGGUUCAGGAGGCCAAGCUGGAAGAGGGCGCCCUGGAAGCCCUCCUACUCAUGAAGAACUCAGCAAUUACGCUCUUAGAUCUGAGGAAGUGCUUUCAGUUAUCCUUGGGCGUAUUGCUUGCCGAGGAGGAUCUGGUCUUAGCCCGAGUCAAAGAGCUGAGCAUAAUGCUAAAGGAUACUGCUGAUGAUGUACUCAAAGGUAAUUGCGACAUUGUCUGUCUUCAGGAGCGUGCCCAAUCGCUGGUCAAGCUGGUCACCGAUGUGUUGGAGACCCCGGUUCGUUUCUGUGAUCCUGAUGAGUAUUCUGAUGAGUAGACUUAUCAGCCAGCUAGAGGCUGUUGUGAUGAGCAUUUCUUAGGGGCGUGGCAAACAGUUUAGAAUCAAAUGUUGCGAUGUAUUUCUUGGACCCUCCUUUAUGUUUGGAUGUGUUAUUAAUGGAUUUUAAAUGAUAUGUAUCUUGGGUAGUGUUUUCUCAUUC